UGCGCCGGUGGCGCGAUGGAGCCCCAGCAGCAGCAGCAGCAGCAGCAGCAGCUGAGGAACCUGCGGGACUUCCUGUUGGUCUACAAUCGGAUGACGGAACUCUGCUUCCAGCGCUGCGUGCCCAGCUUGCACCACCGAGCUCUGGACGCCGAAGAGGAGGCCUGUCUGCACAGCUGUGCUGGGAAGCUGAUCCAUUCCAACCACCGCCUCAUGGCCGCUUACGUGCAGCUCAUGCCGGCUCUGGUACAGCGCCGCAUCGCAGACUACGAGGCUGCCUCAGCUGGGCCAGGUGUUGCUGCAGAACAGCCCGGAACCUCACCAUCAGGCAGCUAGGGAGGGAGGCGCUGGAUGGACCCUCAAACUGAAGGAGCCAGUGGACCUUGGGCUGGAUGCAGCCCAUAUAUAGAGUGAGGGGUUGUCUGACAGCUGGGUACUAUUGCUCCUUUUCUUGGAGCCAAUAAACCCACUUUUGCACUGUU